GUCUAUAGUCCAACAAGUGGGACAGGGGAUUGUAGGUGUAUUGCUUGAUUGUUCUACCCCUGUUCCCACUCUCCCUACCCCCCGUGUUCUGUGAUUACCGGGACUUCUCAAGUACCGCAUCGGUUCAGACUGAUGUCGACGGAACAGGACACCGGGGCACUGCCACGACGCAGUGCCAGAAUCGCAGUUCGUGCCCGCCCUGCAGUACCUCCAAGACCGAAGAAACUCAGCAGGCGGACGACUCCAGCAGCAUCAAGUACGGCAUUGACGGUACAAGAUGCCACCGGAGAUCAUCCCGCAUACUCAGUCCGAGGAGCCAAUGAGCCAGCGGCUGAUUAUCGUGGGCGGCUACUGGCAUUUACAGAAGCCGUAGCUGCCGUCGAGGCCCGGAAGGAGACAGCAGAGGCAGAACGUCAGCGGAUAGCCAAUGAAGCGGCAGCCGAAGCUCAGCGAACGACUGAGACUGACGCAGAGACACGAGACAGACGGAAUGCCAGCAGCACGGAGUCCUUGAUUGCUUGUGAGCAUCAGUGGACGACGAUACUCCAAGACAUGAUCUUUGUGCCUACGGAAGCGCAGGCAGACCCGACACCGGCGGAGGCAGAGAGAAGUAACCUGGCUAACUUGCUGCUGGGCAUGAUGAGAGGUAUUAUGUGGAAUAAUACAUUGCUGCAUUCACAUCUGCGCACAGACGCGACGCAGCGACAAACAUACAAGAACGAUAUCACUGCGUUAACAACUGCUAUCCGCACAGAGGCAACGCAGCAGCAGCAACAGCAUCAUCAGUUGAAUUCCACUAUCACACGCGUCAACAGCAUAGAGGCUAACGCCUCAGCAGCGCCAGGCUGCACGACAGACGUGACGAAGCAACUCAACGAGCGCAUCGAUCACGUCGUCACCAUCAUCGGCGACAUAAGUACUUUCAACGGACCAGACUCGAUCAGCAGCACGGUGGCCGCCAUCAAGACGGACAUCACCAAGCUACAGACGAGACCGGAAGCCGCUACAAAGACGUUCAAGAUGCCGCACUUCGACAUCAGCAAGUUCGAUGAUUACAACAAGUCGAAUGCCUUGUCAUGGUGGCAACGCUUCCUCACGGAAGCAUCAUGCCGCAUGGUCCCGGCGGACGACAUGUUGAAGGCAGUAUAUCUGCAGCUGAUUGGAGGAGCGCAGGGAUGGAUGAACCACCUAGCGGCUACACACAAGCGCACUAUCGCCGAACUCCACACGCACAUUACGUGGAAGGAGUUCGAGCAGCUAUGGUUCACCCAGUUCAUGGUCCGCAACGUCGUGAAGGCGGGCAUGAAUGAGGUGUACACAUGCUCUCAGGGGAACAUGCCAACUCGAGACUGGACAACGAAAAUUCGCGACGCCAUUGCUCGGAAUGACGUCGAGGAGAUGGGCCUUGUAUUCUUGCAUGCUCUCCCCUCGCCGGACGGACUAGCUGCGUCACCGCCGGACCCACGCAUUUCUCACCUCUUGGACGAGUAUAGAGACGUCUUCGAGGCUCCCACCGGAACGGUUCCAGAUCGGCCCAUACGUCACGGGAUCACUCUCGAGGCUGGCGCCGUCCCUCCGCGUGGAUGUAUCUACCGCAUGAGCGAAGAGGAACUCGAGGUGCUUCGCGCACAACUCGAUGAUCUUCUCGACAAGGGCUGGAUUCGCCCUAGUUGCUCGCCAUACGGUGCACCUGUUCUCUUCGUCCGGAAGAAGAACAAAGAUCUACGGUUAUGCAUCGACUAUCGAAAACUUAACGCACAAACCGUAAAGAACGCCGGCCCUCUCCCUCGGAUUGAUGAUAUCCUUGAGCGGUUAGGCGGCGCAACGUACUUCUCGAAGUUGGAUYUGAAGUCAGGUUACCACCAGAUUGAAAUCCAGCCUCAAGACCGGUACAAGACCGCGUUCAAGACGCGGUAUGGGCAUUUUGAGUGGAUUGUCAUGCCAUUUGGCCUCACCAAUGCCCCCGCAACGUUUCAAGCAGCAAUGACGACUGAGUUUCGCGACUUGGUCGAUCGCAGCGUCCUCAUCUACCUUGAUUAUAUCUUGGUUUAUAGUAGGACGUUGGACGCGCACAUCGUACACCUUCGCCUUGUUUUGAAUCGUUUGCGACUAGCCAAGUACAAAGCGAAUCUCGACAAGUGCGAAUUCGCCAGGCAAGAGCUUGAGUACUUGUGCCAUUUUGUCACGCCGAAAGGCAUUCGUCCCUUAGCGGACAAGAUCCAAGCCAUCGUGGAUUGGUCGGAACCCCGUUGCACUACGGAUGUACGCUCUUUCAUGGGUUUGGCUGGAUAUUAUCAGCGAUUCGUCGAGUCAUACUCGAAAGUGGCCGCUCUAUUGUCGAGACUUCAGUCCCCGAAGGUGCCCUUCGAGUUCGUUGACGCAGCCCGUGGCGCGUUCACUACGUUGAAGGCAGCGAUGCAAGCCGCACCUGCCCUCCGUAUAUAUGACCCCACCCUACCCACCCAAGUGACUACGGACGCUUCGGGAUACGCUCUGCUGGAUUGUGUUCUCAAUCAGUCACAUAGCACAGCUCCUGCAGCAGCAGGACGAGGAGGAGGAGGAAAUAGGAGGAUAGGAAGAAUAGAGGAUAAGAAGGAGAAGAAGAUAGCUGAGGAACAGGCGAAAGGGGAAGAGGAUUGGUAGGAAAAAUACGAGGAGGAGAAGGAGAAGAGAAAGGAUGAAUAGGAGGAAGAAGAAAACUAGAUCUGGGGAGCUGUGGAUGACAGAAUCCAGAUAGCACAAUCACAUUGAAAGCGGGAAUCUCAACGCCAGAGCGCUAGCGCCGUAGGUUAGCGCUAAUUUUCGCG